AUGAUCACACUCCUAACAACACAAUGGUUACUAUUAAAUCUCACCUCAAGAAAUUUCAAGCUGGCAUUUUACAGACCACCAUCAACAACACCACUUCAAACCCAACAGCAUCAUCAGGAGCAAGCAGCAAAGUGCCGCUCGACAACCUGUUUUCAGCAGCAUUGGACGAUGACGCUGUGGGUCCAGAUGGCUCAAUAUUGUCACAUCCCAAUCUUCGGGUAUUUAGCUUUGCUGAACUAAAAGUUGCUACUAGAAAUUUUCGAAGUGAUACAGUUUUAGGUGAAGGUGGUUUUGGAAAGGUUUAUAAAGCCUGGCUUGAUGACAAGUCGAAUCCCAGUUCCAAACAUAAUGUAGUUGCUGUCAAAAAGUUGAAAUCUGACAGCAUGCAAGGAUUGGAAGAAUGGCAGACAGAGGUGGACUUUCUAGGAAGGCUUUCUCAUCCGAAUCUUGUGAAACUAUUGGGAUAUUGUUACGAGGGUACAGAGUUGCUACUUGUAUAUGAGUACAUGCAAAAAGGAAGCUUGGAAAACCAUUUAUUCGGAAGAGGUUCAACUGUUCAACCACUUCCAUGGGAUAUUCGGCUCAAGAUUUCAAUAGGAGCAGCUCGGGGACUAGCAUUCUUGCACUCUUCUGAAAAGCAAGUUAUUUACAGAGAUUUCAAGGCAUCUAAUAUAUUGCUAGAUGCGUCUUACAAUGCCAAGAUAUCUGAUUUCGGGCUUGCCAAAACUGGUCCAUCAGCUAGUCAAUCACACGUAACAACACGUGUUAUAGGAACUUAUGGCUAUGCUGCUCCUGAGUACGUUUUAACAGGGCAUUUGUAUGUGAAGAGCGACGUCUAUGGUUUUGGAGUUGUCUUGGUUGAAUUGUUAACAGGAAUGCGAGCACUUGACACUCAGCGGCCAGCUGCCCAACAAAAUCUGAGUGACUGGAUCAAACCAUAUCUAGCUGAUCGAACGAAGUUAAAGGCCAUAAUGGACUCACGACUUGAAGGAAGAUACCCAUCAAGGGCUGCACGCCACAUCGCUCAGUUAGCCCUCACAUGUCUUGCACCCGAACCUAAUACCCGCCCAUCGAUGAAAGAGGUAGUGGAAAAGCUUGAACAAUUCGAUACCAUAAACCGAAGGCCAAAGGUAACUAGAGUACAUAAUUCUGUCCAUCAAUCACAAUAUCAAGUCUCACAACCACCUUCACAUCAUCGACGUUUCCCACAGCCUCAUGCUAUAAUAAAUGGGAACUGAGGAAGUCGUCAGUUGCUGGAAGGGUGGUGAAGUUACAACUUUACCCAUGUGGGUUUAUUGUGUCCAAAUGUUAUUUGAUAGCUUGUUUAUACAUUUUAUGGCCAACUAUAUUCUUUUUAUAUCUUCAAAGAGCUUAUAGUAGUUGGAAGUGUUUGAUCUAGCUAGUUUUUGUUUG